UUCUGUAAUGCUCUGAUAUAUAGUUGUACGCCUUAGUGCAGAGGAAUUUCUUUCGACUAGUAGCUCUUCUGCCCUGCGUCAGGGGGCACUUGUGUGGAAACACUAGUGUACAGUCGUUGUCACCUAUGGAAAAUAUGAACCCUUACCAAGUAAAUGGGGCCAGAACAUUAAGUAGGUCCUAAUUAGAGGCACACCCGCCGUGCGGAAAGGGGCACUGUGGAAAUCCUAAUAUAACUGUAAUUGCCAUCUCUGGGGAAUAUGAACUCUAUAUAUUACCAGGUAGAUAGAGCAGGAGAGAAAAAAAUCUUCCUUUCGUUCUCUACAAACUUGUUUUUCUUCUUAUUAUGGUGAAUAGUAUUCCCUCCUCAGGAAAAAUAAGAGUAACCUGUACUCUUCUCAGUAACCACCAGGAUAUUGAUCUGGGAAGCAACUAUGGCUAACCCUGGUGCACUUUGUUGUUCCAUUACCUUGCAAGCAUUUACUUUCUUAUCUUUGCUUGCAGCUGUGGUAGCAGAUCUCCAGGGAGGUGACGGGUGCCCACAUUUCUCGUGUGGACGUCUCCGAAACAUAUCUUAUCCAUUCCGCCGUCGAGGUGAUCCACCUGGAUGCGGUUCUAAGUACUAUGAACUGGAGUGCAGCGAUAGCCAUGCAAAAAUCCGCAUUGGCAAUGCGGAGUACUAUGUGGUUGGCAUCAACUAUAAUGAUUCAUCCUUCUGGGCCAUCGACACUAUCUUUGAUACGAAAAGAGGCUGCCUUCUUCCUUGCUACUCUUACCCGGAGGGGAUGGUUGAUUCACAUGGCCUCGACAUUUUGGAGGUUGAAUUAUUCCCUUGGGCAUGCUUUGUUAAUUGUUCGCGAGCCAUAACGAAAAAUAGUUGGUACAAGCCUGUUGCCUGCCUGAGUGCAAACAAUUCAUUUGUUUAUGUCUGGGCUGGUUAUUGUGACAUCUUACAUCUUGAGCAUUCCUGUGGAUACUUAGCCAUGACACCUUUUGAUGGUUCCUCAAUCCUAGACAAACAGCUACAGAAUGUGUCAAUCCGAGACAAACAGCUACAGAAUGUAAGUUACGCAGAUAUCAUGCACUUGACAAGGAAGGGAUUUCCUGUUAGCUUUCCUGUUGAUGGUAGACUCGACAGGCUUUCGAAGAUCAUCAAAGAAUGCCUGCACAAUUCAACAAGCGAUUUCAGGAAGCAAGUAUCUCCUGCAAACAUGAUGAGUCAGAUUCGUGCUUUCUUCUGGAGUGAGUUACAGUUCUUAAAAUGCUUAAAAGGUUCUCAUGCACUAUCAACAACGCAUAUCAUGUAUGUGGAGGUUAGAGCCAUAAUAUCCGCUAUUGAUAUCCCCAAAUUCCUUGUUGUACUAUGCAGGUUUGUGCUGGCGCCCCUGGCUGUAUUGAUCUUCCUUGCAUACACGUAUUGGAAAACAAGGAUUACAAUUGAUGCAGUUGAGAAGUUUCUUCGGAUGCAACAAAUGAUCGGGCCGAUGAGAUACGUCUACACCGACAUCAUUGCAAUCACAGGCCACUUCAGAAACAAGCUAGGCCAAGGUGGCUAUGGCUCUGUGUUCAAGGGCGUGCUACUGCCAGGCAAUGUUCAUGUUGCCAUCAAGAUGCUAGAGGGCAGCUCCAACUGCAAUGGAGAAGACUUCAUCAGUGAAGUCUCCACCAUCGGCAGGAUCCACCACAUCAAUGUGGUCCGUCUUGUGGGGUUCUGCUCAGAUGAAAUGAGAAGGGCGCUCGUCUACGAGUACAUGCCUCGAGGUUCUCUUGACAAGUACAUCUUCUCGGCCGAGAAGAGUUUUUCUUGGGACAAGCUCAAUGAGAUUGCUUUGGGCAUUGCCCGAGGGAUUGAUUACUUGCAUCGAGGUUGUGAUAUGCAGAUUCUCCACUUUGACAUCAAGCCGCACAACAUCCUUCUAGACAGCAAUUUUGUCCCAAAAGUUGCUGAUUUCGGUCUCGCCAAACUGUACCCAAGGGACAAGAGUUUUGUGCCAUCGAGAGCUCUACGGGGAACUGUUGGAUACAUAGCUCCUGAGAUGAUAUCUCGGAGUUUUGGGGUCAUAUCGAGCAAGUCUGAUGUUUACAGCUUUGGGAUGCUGCUGUUGGAGAUGGCUGGAGGAAGAAGGAACGCCGAUCCGAAUGCAGCGAACUCGAGCCAAGCAUACUACCCGUCAUGGGUGUAUGAUAGACUAACUGAACAAGAAGUGUGUGAGAUAUCUCCCGUUGCUGACAUGCAUGAGUUGGAGAGGAAGCUGUGCAUCGUUGGACUAUGGUGCAUCCAGAUGAAGUCUAAUGACAGGCCGACGAUGAGCGAGGUCAUAGAGAUGCUGGAAGGUGGCUUCGAUGGCCUGCAGAUGCCUUCCAGGCCAUUCUUCUGCGACGAUGAGCACACCGCUGUUCCGGAUUCUUACCCUUUGUUAUCCGAGCUGACCGAGAUCUCGGAGGAGGAUGAGAUCUCAGAUUCUUAUGUUUCCCGGGUCCUAUGAACUUCUAUGUGGAAACAUGUAAUAAAAUCUAGCAGUUAAAGAGGAUAUAUAACUCCAACUGCUUAAUUGGUAGUAGAAUCUAGAAUGUAAUCAUCUUUCUGGAAGACACAUAUUAUCCGAAUAUAUGAAUAACAACUUGUGAAAGCUGAAGUGUUAUUUGCGCUUGCUGUUAAAACAUUGUUGGCAUGAAUACAUGAA